GCGGAGACCACUACAAGUGGACCAUGUAAAUUCAACAACGUUACGUUCCGUACAUUUGUUUUAUCAUGGUUUUAUCUCAUUGAUUAUCUCGUUUGUUUAUCUAAAUCACCCGUCCUAUCGCUUCUUAUAUAUAGAGGAGAAAGUAUGACAAAGCAUCGAACAGAAAGAGAAUUUCGUAAUAGCUACUAAGGGAAUUCUGUUGAAUCUCCUUGCAAUCGCCACGGACUUUACUUUUUCUUUGUGUUCUUUUGGAUUUCCGGAGUUUCGGACUUUUAUUCUCCAGUUCUCAUAUAUACGGUCCUUCUUGCCCUCGCAAUUAUAGCAUCUGGCGAUCAUUCAUCAGCAGCACAUUAAACUAUAGAAAACGAUCGUUGACAUCAUGUCGAAAUUCGCAGAGUUUCAACUCCCCGUCAUUAAAAAUGAACCACCUAAGCAUUAUGGACCUAACAGUGCUGAGCGAGAACAACUCAUCGCCGCCUACAAAGAAUUAGAGUCACAAUUGCCUUUGUCCAUCCCCCUUGGUGUAAACGGAAAGGAUGUACAGACUAGUGACAUUGGCGAACAACGCUGCCCCUUUAACCACAAAAAGAUUGUAGCUCGCUAUCAUCGUGCCAACGCCUCUGAUGUCCAAAAAGCUAUCGAGUCAGCUCUUGAGGCCAAGAAGGAAUGGGAAAACUUGUCCUUUGCCGACCGGGCAGCAGUCUUCUUGAAGGCGGCUCACUUAAUCAGCACCAAAUACCGCUAUAAGCUCAUGGCUGCAACCAUGAUCGGCCAAGGUAAAAACAUUUGGCAAGCUGAAAUUGAUGCUGCCAUGGAAAUCAUCGAUUUUUUGCGUUUCGAUUGCAAGUAUGCUAGCGAAUUAUACUCCGUCCAACCUCCUGAAAACUCUUUAGGUGUCUGGAACCGCACCGAGUAUCGUCCUUUGGAAGGUUUCGUAUAUGCCGUUACUCCCUUCAACUUCACUGCUAUCGGAGGUAACUUGGCUGCUGCCCCUCUUCUCAUGGGUAACGUUGUUCUCAUGAAGCCUUCCGAUUAUGCUGUCUUGUCCAACCGCAUCGUCUAUGAUAUUUUCCUUGAAGCUGGUCUUCCCGCCGGUGCUUUGCAAUUUGUCCCCGGUGAUGCCAUUGAAGUCUCCAAAGCUUGCUUCAACCACUAUGACUUUGCCGCUCUUCAUUUCACUGGUAGCACAAACGUCUUCCGUUCUUUAUGGGGAAUCAUUGGUGAAAAUGUUGCUCAAGGUAAAUACCGCACUUAUCCUAAGAUUGUUGGCGAAACCGGUGGUAAGAAUUUCCACCUUGUUCACCACUCCGCUCAAAUUCGUUCGGCAGUUGUCAACACUGUUCGUGCUGCUUAUGAAUAUCAAGGACAAAAAUGCUCUGCAUUGUCUCGGCUUUAUGUUUCUCGCACUUCUUGGGAAGCUGGUUUCCGCGACCAACUCGUGCAGGAAGUGAAAGCUUUGAAGGUUGGCGCUCCCUUGGAGGACCUUUCCAAUUUUGUCGGCCCUGUCAUUCACCGUGGCAGCUUCGACAAGUUAAAGGGUGUCUUGGAGCGCGUUGCUACUGACAGCGAAGUGGAAGUUUUGGCUGGUGGUAAGGCUGAUGACUCUACUGGUUACUUUGUCGAGCCCACUGUUCUGCUUUCCAAGAACCCCAACCAUGACAUUUUCAAAACUGAAUUUUUUGGCCCGAUCCUCGCUGUUUAUGUCUUUGAAGAUGAUUCUUUGGAGCAGGUCUGUGAUUUGGUUGAUUCUACCAACUCAUAUGGUCUAACUGGUUCUAUCUUUGCCCAAGAUCGUAUUGUCGUUCGUAAGCUCGCUGAGCGUCUCCGUAAUGCUGCCGGAAACUUUUACAUUAACGAUAAAUGUACCGGUGCUGUUGUUGGUGAACAACCUUUCGGCGGUGCUCGUGCCAGUGGUACCAACGACAAAGCUGGUAGCGGUAUGAUCUUGUCACGUUUCGUUUCUCCUCGCUCCGUCAAGGAUACCUUUGCUUAUGCCGAAUCUGUGUUAUACCCCUCUAACAUUUAAAAUAUUAGACGAAAAAGAAAUUUUCAUGAAAACCAUCAAAAGUUUUGAGUUUAUUAAAAUAUUUUGUGCAUACUAAUUCCGAAUAAUUUUGGUGCAUAGAUCGACGCUUGUAGUUAUGAUACAGAACAUAGUAAUGCAAUAAAGUUUCUACUGUACGGUAUUGUCUCCCAUUUGGUAUCCUGUUUGUUUCAACGAAAGGAAUCGUACCGUUGAAGAGAGCGCGUUUUAGCAGACAAUGUACAAUAAUUGAUAGACUUUAAACUAAAUAAAAUG